AUGAACAAGCUGCAGAGACUGCUUCAGAACAAGAUCCUGAUCCUGACAAUAUGUGCUGCUGGGAUUGGAGGCACCUUCCAGUAUGGUUACAACAUCUCCAUCAUCAAUGCCCCAGCCUCAUACAUCCAGGUGUUCAUGAACACGACCUGGCUGGAGCGCAUGGGCGUUCCCCUGGAGAGCAACAUGGUCCUGCUGCUCUGGUCCUUCACUGUCUCUGCCUACCCUCUGGGAGGCCUCACUGGGGCUGUGGCUGCUGGUCCCAUGGCCAUCAUGCUGGGCAGGAAGAUGUCCCUGCUGGUGAACAAUGGCUUUGUGAUCAUAGCUGCAGCCUUGUCCGGGUUCAGCCGAAUGGCCAAAUCCUUUGAAAUUAUUAUGCUCAGCAGAUUUUUUACUGGCGUGAAUGCAGGUGUGAGCAUGAACAUUCAGCCCAUGUAUCUGGCAGAGAGUGCCCCAAAGAAGCUCAGAGGAGCUGUGGCCUUGACCUCUGCAUCGUUUACAGCCCUGGGGCUGGUGCUGGGGCAGGUUGUUGGACUCAGGGAGCUCCUAGGAGGGGAGGAGAGCUGGCCAUUCCUUUUAGCAAGCAAUGUGGUUCCUGCCCUGAUCCAGCUCACAGCUCUGCCGUGGUUCCCUGAAAGUCCCAGAUAUCUCUUGAUUGACCGUGGAGACAAAGAAUCCUGCAUCUCUGCACUGCAGAAGCUCAGAGGCACCAGUGACCUGAGUGCAGAGCUGGAAGAGAUGCUGGCAGAACAGGCUGCUGUGAAAGGCCAGAGAGCAAAGACCCCAUGGGAGCUGUUCCAGAACCCUGCCCUGCGGUGGCAGCUGGUGAGCAUCGUGGUGCUGAGCAGCGCCAUGCAGCUCUGCGGGAACGACUCGAUGUAUUUUUAUGCAGCUUAUGUGUUCCAAGAGGCUGGAAUUCCUGAGGACAAAAUCCCCUAUGUUGUAAUCGGCACGGGAAGCUGUGAGCUGAUCACAUCUGUCACUUGUAACAUGAUUAUAGACUACGCUGGUCGGAGGCCGCUGCUGCUGGGGGGAUACAUCUUCAUGGCAGGAUGGGCCAUUGUCUUCAUGGUCGCUCUGAGCCAGCAGACUCAGAUUAGCUGGAUGCCUUAUCUCAGCAUGGCCUGCAUUUUCGCCUAUAUCCUGAGCUUUGGAAUCGGACCAGCUGGUGUAACAGGAGUUCUGCCCACAGAGGUUUUUGAUCAAAUGUCCCGACCAGCUGCUUACAUGAUCUGUGGCUCCCUGCUCUGGUUCAACCUGUUUCUGGUUGGAACAGCCUUUCCAUUCAUUGUGAAAAGUCUAGCUCAUUUCUGCUACAUCCCAUUCCUUGUGGUCUGUGUCUGCACUGCCCUCUACGUUUGGUUUUUCCUUCCUGAGACAAAGGGAAAGUCCUUCCUGGAAAUCUCGGAGGAGUUCAGGAAACGGAACUUCAAAACUAAGACCCGUGGAGGUUUCUAUAAAGGCCCUGAGGAGAUCAAAACCACCACAUUGUAG